AUGGAAGCAAAUAAUUUGUGGAAGCUAUUUAUUGAUGAACCUCUAGAGGAUUAUACACUGGUGAUACCAAGUGUCGCUGUUGGUAAUGUCGGCCAACUUGCAUGUGAUCUGUUAAUAUCAUCUUUAAAAAUGGUAAAAAUUGCCUCAGUUCAUAGUCUAGCUCAAAUUCCUGUCGUUGGAUAUGAUCCUUAUGACUUAAAGUCCAAUAAUCUGUCAUCAGCCUGCGAAGUGUACAAAUCGGAAAGCAAGAAGUUGGUUGUUGUACAAAUAAGAUCACCCCUCAUAUAUAAAUACGCAAGAAGCUUCCUUACAAAUAUUGUUGAUACAUUCAAAUCAAAAGGGAUAAAGGAUGUUAUUAUUUUAACCAGUAGUUUUGCACAUGAGAAGAAACUUGUAUUAAGCUCCUCAUUUCGAUAUGUUGCGACAGAAAAUUCACCAUAUAGAGAUAAAAUAACAGAAUUAAAAUUAACAGAACAUGAGUCAGUGAAUGAUGAAAUAAAGAUAUUUGGAGGUGGAUUCGCAUGUUUGUUGCACAAAAUUUGUCAAGAGAAGUCUUUACCAUGCCUAAUAUUGUAUAAAUACUGUUCCGAGGGUGAUAAUUUACCCGACGCAUAUGAGAUGAUUGGGUAUUUGACUAAAGUACAUGAUAUAUUCCCCAAAGAUAAAGAUCUAUUUGCACAACUAAAGGAACCUGUAUCUUGGAAAUUAUUGUUUGGACGACCACCUCCAGCUGAUAUAUAUUAA